AUGACCAUGCACCUGACCAAAUUUUAUUCUGGUCUAUAUGCGGAGAAUGUUUGGCUUUGGGUUCCGGAUCACGACGUGGAGGAUCCAUCUUCGACGCAGAUAACAGUCUAUCCUGGCCGGGGCUUGUUGGAUGAGAGCCAGAGUGGGACCUUCUGGCUUAUCGGUACCGCCGUGGAGCACCACACGCUGUACGAGUAUCAAUUCGCACACACGAGAAACGUGUUCGCUGGGCAAAUCCAGACCGAAACGGCAUACUACCAACCCAACCCCUCCGCGCCUGUACCCUUUCCCUUCGUCGCCAGCCUCAACGACCCACGGUUCCCAUCGCUGACUGCCACCGAUGGCAAUCUCACCAUCCCCGACGCAGACGGCUGGGGCCUGCGCAUCGUCCACUCCAACAACAUCCUCAUCUACGGCGCUGGACUAUACAGCUUCUCUGAUAACUAUAGCACGACCUGCAGCAAUCAAGGCAAUGGAGAAGUGUGCCAGUACCGCAACUUUGAAGUCAUCAGCAGCAACGCUAUCACCGUGUACAAUCUAAACACAGUGGGGACCCAUGAAAUGAUCGAGGUCGACGGGCAGAACGUCGCUUACUAUGGCGACAAUCUCGACGGAUUUGUUGACACUAUUGCGCUUUUCCGGACGUCGUCGUAG